AUGCCAGGUGCGGCACAAAGGGAUAUAGUGGCAGCGAAUUCAGUUGUGAGCGACCUGCUCAAGGUGCACCACGACGCCGCCAGCAACCACGCUUGCACCUGUCUCUUCCUCAACAGUUCCGCCAACCAGCCUGCCACCAACCAGCCUGCCACCAACCAGCCUGCCAACCACCAGCCUUCCACCAACUACCGUACCCCAGACAACCACAGUCUCUCCAACAAGCACAGUACCUGCCACUACAGCAGCGACAACGACUACCCUUCCUAG